AUGGCUAUGUUAACCCCUGACGAUGUUGCCCUUCUCCUGAAGAGAGAGGGGAGCGAAGGGUAUCCUGGUGAAGCCUCAGACUCGGAAGCUGCUGUACAGCGAAGGACGCAGCUCCUGGCCCCUGUUUUGGCUACAUGCCAGCUUGCCUGGGAUUCGAGCUUGUCCGUGAUCGACCUCCUCGCGGAGAAAAUCGGCGACGGCAGUCGAGAUGUGGCAUGGCGGGUACCUUUUGGGGAAUCAGGGAUCCUUGAGUUCUUCAUUAGAUUUGUUGCUCUCGAUGGAAUCAGCCCAACGCUUCACUUGCACGCUCUACGGACUGUUGGCAACUCUUGCGCUGAUACAGACGUAAACCGAGGACGGGUGGUCGAGGGCAAUCAUCUGGUUGCCAUCGUACACCGUCUGCAAGAUGAGAGUCUCAUCCCCUUCACCGUACCAGUCCUGUAUAACAUAUUAGUCGACUAUGAACCUGCCCAAAUAGCAGCAUCCAAGGCCCUCUUGAACCAACAGCUCAUUACGCUCCUGCAGUCACCAAAUUUGACCAACUAUACCCCCUUUGUGACUUAUUUCUGCAAGAUUCUCUUCUUGCUAUCUGGCCAUGAGAGCGAGGCUAGUGUGGCACACCCGAAUACAGUUCCUAUCCUUCUCCGUCUGGCUUUCCAGCCUCCUUUUAGUAACGACGUGGAUGACUUCGUUUCCCUUGCCUCUUCAGCGGCUGCCUAUCUUGCCGGUGCCAAUUUCCAAGAGUCAAUGGUACAAGGAGAUGAUUUCGGAUUCCUUCUUGAUGCAUAUCGCCACUCACUCACUGCUUUCGAUAUCACCCAAAUCGACGAUUCAGAUUCAGCCGACGCUUUGAAGCAGUUACGGUCUGCAUUGUUAUCAUCCCUGUCAGACAUCUCCGCGAAUGACAGCUUCCCCGUUCACCACCCUCUGGGCUCCCCAGUUCCAGAAACUCUCCUUCAAUGGCUCCAGGUCCCCAACAAUGCCCUCAUAUCAGCAGCUUGCCUUGCGCUGGGCAACAUCUCUCGCUCUGACGAGACCUCAUUGGCUCUUGUCCAGACACAUCGAGCUCACGAGCCCCUGAUCGCCCUCCUCUCCAACCCAGAGAUCGGAGACCCUCAAGUUCUCCAUGCAGCAUUGUCAUUCCUCAAAAACCUAGCCAUUCCUGCACCCAACAAGGAGCUUCUCUCAGGCCUGCUGGAUUCAUCAUGCAUCCCACGCAUCUUCACACUGGACACACUGCCCCAGGUCCAGUUCUCCGCCAUCUCGCUCACCCGCCUCCUCCUGGUCAACUGCGUGCCCAACGUGAAGCUCGUCUGCGCCCGUCUCAGCAGCGACACCUCGAGCCCCGCGCACGACCGCUCCACCGUGCACGCCAUGACCACCCUCUUCACCCGCUCGGAUGCCGAGCCGACCAAAUUGGAAGCCGCUCGCUCAGUCGCCGUCGUCUGCCGUGCGUUGCACUCGAACCCAGUCAAGCCCAUCUUACCCGAGUGGGACCCGGAGCAGCCAGAGGACAGGGAGGACGACAGCAAGCGGCGGGAGGAAUUCUACUCCCGUCACGAUGUCGGUCUGCUCCUGGCAUUCCUCGUCACGCAGGAGAAGUGGCCCAUCCUGCGUUCCGAAGCCUGGUUCGUUCUGGCCCUGAUGAGCCGCUCAAAGGACGGUGCUAGUUUACUCCUCAGCCUCUCUUUCCGGGAUCGUGUCACUGGUGCUCUGUAUAAAGCCAUCCUGGGAUCAGAAGAAGGUGCGGACGACGCCGUCACAGAGGAAUCUCAAGCAGAGAGGUUACCGGCUCCAGAGGAGACAUUGUUUCCUACGGGGGGAGGUGUCGAGCUGGAGCCGCAGCAGGUCGACCCCAAGCAGAAGGACCAGAUGGAGCGAAUUGACCGUGAGAAUUGCGUGGUCAUGUGCAAGGAGAUGCUACGCAGCCUGGGCCCCGAGUUUCCUGAGCUGAGACAAAGCAAAUGGGAGGAGCUUGUGAAGGAAGGGACUGCGCUUCUGAUAAAGGAAAAAGGUGGGCAGUAA